AUGUCUAAUAGCUCUGACCUUCUCGCUUUUCUUCUAUCAGCUGUUGAUGAUGAAGGACAACCAUUCACUAAUCAAGAAAUCAAAGAACAAGCGCUUUCGUUUGUUGGUGGUGGUGGUGAAACAACUGGAAGUCUUAUGGUAUGGUUAUUUCAUAUAUGGAUAACUCAUAAACAUGCUUUACAAGCAUGUCGUGAAGAAAUUAACAGAAUUCUUUCCGAUUGUUCUGUGCCAUAUUUUCUACGCCAUUGCAUACAUGAACAUACUAUUGGUACAGAACAUUAA